GUCGUAUGUCUCUGAGGACGUUACACGGCCAAAAUGUGUGACAUGCUUUCUUAAGCGAAAAAUACCUCAAGUCGUAGGGGAAAUCGCUGGUCUUCGCCCUGUGGUCCCUCUAUUGACGUAAGCCGUAAGCGCCACUGGCCAGUUGGAAAAUGGCUGUUGGUCGAUCGUACUCGUAGUGUUGCGUGCACAUCCGAAGCCCUAUCGCUAAAAUUGCGCGGCCUACAGCCCGGGAUCUCCUGAGGCGGGUCACUCAACUGUCGCCGGCGCGGCUAUGACUGUAGAGCAGCUGCCAUCAUCAUUGAAAGGGGUCGUGCAGAGCACGAAGUGGCCAAAAAAUAGCUCAGCUUAGCCGGUGAAAUUUACGCUGGUGGCGCUCACCUGCUGUCCUUUUGUGCUGGCCGUGCAAGUGUCGUUCCCACACGACGGUGACACGCCUAUCAAAUAACCAGAGUGACAGCGGCAACCUCGUUCUAGGAUCAUACUGGCAAAGGAAACGCUUUUCUCUUGACAUCCAUUGCUUUUCGACAGUGGCUCCUUCGUAAUUCCAGAAAUUUCUUUGUCCUGUAAGUGUACGGUCUAACUGCAAACAAUAGCAGCCAUUCGUCUACACUGGACGCCGCAAGCGUACCUUUUUGGCCGAUAAGUCUCAGUUAUCUACGCCUGUGUGACGAGACUUUGCCUUCUGACUUUGUGCUUCACUAAAAACAGACACUGCAAUCGUGUCAAGCAAGCACCACACGAACUCUGUAGCAGCUCGGUCGGCGAAACAUCAAUAGUUCCCUCGAAUGCGGACAGGACCAUCUAAUCACAAGCCACACUUAGUGUGUAGUUUCAACAUACAAGUUCUCGUUCUCUUAACUCUUAAAGGACUUCUUCUGAGAGUACCGUGUAUUCGGGUUAUGUCACACGUCAUGCCAGCAGGGAGUCCGGCAGCCUUCUGUCAAACCGGCGUCAUGCUACCAGCAACAUUUGCGUGGGCGAGAUGGCAGUGUCACGCGGGACAUGGAUAUGGUUUUAUUACGGCUGAGGAUGGAACAGACUUGUUCGUUCAUCAGUCGGAGAUAAGAGCAGAGGGAUUUCGUAACCUCGCUGAAGGCGAACAGGUAGAAUUCGUCAUCCAAACCGGAAAUGAUGGCCGUAAGAAGGCAGUGAAUGUCACCGGUCCAAAUGGCUCCUACGUUCAAGGUGAGAAUCGACGACAAGAAGGACGCUUCGGUGGGAACGGAGAGGGUUACGGCGGUGAGUACGACCGUCGCGGAGGGGGAGCAAGCAGUGGCUAUGGUGGCCGUGGCUACGGAGGAGGCUACGAACAAGACCGACACAGUGGAGGCGACUACGGUGGCGGCUCCUACUGAGUGUCUGAACGUUGAAGACGUGAAGCCGCCGUGGUGGGAGGGUGUCUGGCCCGCAACGGGGUCGAGCCACCGUCCUGAACGGAACUCCCUUGUGCAGUUGUCCUCCUGUUGCUGUUCAUCGCGUCAUUCCUUAGUCAUUCAACACACGAGAGAGCACCAUGUCGACUGGAAACUGCAUUCCGUUAGUCAUAAAUAUGCUGAGUCACAUGUCUGGAGCUUUGAGUUUCAUUUCACGAAUCUGUGUCCCCGCAUCUUCCCAAACGAGCUCCUCCCUGUAUCAUGAUCGCUGUAGACAUACAGUGUGCAUUACUCAACGUGAUCUAUGAUUGUCUUGAGAUGAUUCUUUCGUCCAAGAGGGUUGGUUCAGCCUGCUGCAAGUGACCGAGAACCACGCACAGCGCCACGAGGAAGCCGUUUUCUGUAGAACCGAUUUGAGUUGUGUUUCGUUCAUUCUAUGCACAUGAAACUUUGUUCUUGAGCUAGAAAGUGUGAGGCACAUUUUUAUUGUGUGCCCUGGCUGAAGAAGGACUAGGCAAACCACAUGGACUGAUUGGAAACGUGCACGUUGAACGCAGUCUCUACCUCUUGGUGGUCGCGAGCUUUUAUGGAGGGGCAUAACAGUUGUAGAAGAGGCAUCCGCAGGCAAACGACUGGUGAAAACGCUCGCGAUUUCCUGAUUUGGUAAAGAGUUACCGGGGGUACACUUGUCAGAGAGCACGUUUCGUCGUCCCACCAAUGUUUUUGCACCAUUUCACUCCCCAAAAUGGCUAAAAAUGCACAUUGGACUGGUUAACGAUGCGAACAGUGACUUGGCAGAGUCUGUCUGAGUCUCCACAAUU